UCAAUACGUUAUGCGGUCCUCUCUAUUUAGCCUAGCCCUACUUGUUUGCAAACGUAACCGACUCGCUCAUCCGCCAUAGCUCCUCUCUCUCUCUCUCACAAUCCCCAAUCUCCCACAUCUCUCUCCCAAACCCUAAUUUCCUCCGAUCUCCGAGACUCUUUGAUUUCGCGGGAUCAAUAUAUAUAUAGCUCCCCUCUUGCGGAUUUUUAUUUAUUUAUUUGAUUGUGAUUUUGUUUGUACAUACAAUAUCUAUUAUUAGGUCUCCGUUUGCGGGAGUCGGAGCCGAUUCGAUUUUUGCAGAGAGUCGACGACGAGAAUUUUGGGCAUCGCAAAAUCUGAGUGUUGGAAGGAAGGAACAAACAGAUGGUAGGCGGUGGAAACAGGAGAGACGAGGGCUCGCUCGUCAUCAAGAACACCAACGUUUUCGCGGCGCUCGAGACUCUGAGGAAGAAGAAGAAGUCCGAUAAGAAGAGCAGAGGGACCUCCAAGGACCACUCAGGGCAGCCCAAGGCCCCUGAGCCACAGGUGUUCUGGGCGCCUGCUCCCUUGAACGCCAAGUCGUGGGCGGAUGUGGAUGAUGAAGAUGAUGAUGACUAUUAUGCCACCACCGCCCCGAUUCAGCCGGUCUGGGGAUCCUCUCAGCCUCAGCCGAGUAAGCACAAGGCUGCCAAUGUAGAGGAAAGUGAGAGUGAAGAAGAUAUUCUUGAUGAAGGUGAUGAAGAUGAGGAAGAGCAUGAUCAUGAACCAGAGGCUCCAGUUCAGCCUGAGCCAGUGGUGAAGAAGCCUGCUGAGGUUCCUGCCCCACCUAAGGAGGCAGAAAAGCAACUUUCAAAGAAGGAGAGAAAGAAAAAGGAACUGGCAGAACUUGAAGCUCUUCUAGCUGAUUUUGGAGUUACCCAGAAGGAGAGUGACAGUCAAGAUGAAUCACGUGGUGUUGCCCAAGACAAGGAUAGUGUACCAAAUGGAGAUGCAGAAAGGAAGGAAAAUCAUCCUGCAGAGUCCAAAAGCUCCAAGAAGAAGAAAAAGAAGGAUAAAGCUUCUAAGGAUGCAAAAGAAUCACAGGAUCAACCAAACAACUCAGGGGUCACUAAUGGACCAAGUGAAGCUGCAGGAACUGAACAGACGGAGGAGGACACAUCAACUAUUGAUGUGAAAGAGAGACUAAAGAAGGUGGCAACUGCCAAGAAGAAGAAAUCUACCAAAGAGUUGGAUGCGGCUGCAAAAGCUGCUGCUCAAGAGGCUGCUGCCAGGAGAGCAAAACUUGCUGCAGCCAAGAAGAAAGAGAAGAACCAUUAUAACCAGCAGCCUCUGCGGUAAAAGCCCAGUUUUGUUCAACAUGUCAAAUAUGAGCAUGUAAUUUACCAUUGUUCAUAUGGUCAAGUUGUGCGAAAUAAAGAGUGGGUUUUGGGUCUGGUUUUGUUGAAGAUGACCUUAAUUGUAUUGCGGUCGGUUGACUACAGGAAGUUUCACUUGGGCUUUUUUGUUUACUCAGUUGCAUUAGACAUAUAUGUGGAUUUACCAGUUUUGCUCAUUGCAUAUUAUUCCUUGGAAAGUAGUUAACCAGAUAUAUAUAUAUAUCAGAUCUCUGUAUUGGUUCUUCCUCCAUAUUGCUGAGAACUUAUUCUGGAUUAA